AUGGCCCCGCACCAGCCCAGCGCCGGGCAGUACCUGCGCUCCGACAGCGGCGGCUCGGAGACCCCGAUGCUGGCGGAAGGUCCCGGAUCCGGCCCCGGUGCCGGUGGGGCGCGGGGGGGGCGGCGGCGGCGCUGGGGGCCGCUCUGGGGCUGCGUGGCCGUCAUGGCCAUCCUGGCCGUGCAGAUCGCCUCCACCACCGGCCUCUUCGUCUAUUUCACCAUGGCCAUCUCCAAGCUCAAGGCCCAGGCCCCCGCCAGCACGGAGGAGCUGCGCUGUCUGCAGGUGAUCAACCAGCAGCAGGAGGGCUCCAGCCUGGAGGAGCUGAUCACCAACCAGUCCUGCCUCAAGCUGGCCAACACCAUCAAAGCCUACGUGGCCACGGUGACAGAGAAGGUGAUCCACAGGAGCGCCGUGCAGGAAGCCCGACGGAGCUACCUGAACACCUCGGAGGGGCAGGCACGUCCCAGAACAGCCAACAAGCCCUCAGCACACCUCACCCUCCGCCCACAGAGCCUGGCCCAGGAUGGAAGCUCCAAGCGCUUCGGGAACCUCUCCCAGUCCUGCCGCCACGCCAUCGCGCGCUGGGAAGCCAGCACCAUCCACUCCCACCUGCAGAACAUCACCUACCGGGACGGGAGGCUGCGGGUCAACCAGGCGGGCAAGUACUACGUCUACUCCCAGAUCUACUUCCGCUACCCCAGCGACGGGGCCGGCGCCCACCUCUCCGUCCCCCAGCUCGUGCAGUGCAUCAACUGGAAGACGUCCUACAGCCAGCCCAUCCUGCUGCUCAAGGGGGUGGGCACCAAGUGCUGGGCACCCGAGGCAGACUACGGGCUCCACGCUCUCUACCAGGGGGGGCUGUUUGAGCUGAAGGCUGGUGAUGAGCUCUUCGUCUCCGUCUCCUCCUUGGCCAUCGACUACAACGACGCUGCUGCCAGCUACUUCGGGGCCUUCCGGCUCGACCUGUGACAGCCACAUCCCACCUUCCUGCUGCUCCUGCCCAGUCACUCUCCCAGAGCAGCAGCCAUUCCAAACGGACAACAGCCAAAUGGCGGGACCUGGACCAGGGUUCUUACCUGCAUGUGUUGUCCCUUGCAGCAAAGGACAAGCCAGAGGAGGGCACAGGGGGUGGCUGCCUGCAGGAACUGCACUCAGAGCCUCACCACCCAGCCGGGAGGAAGCCCAUGAGCCAGGAAAGGUCUUCAAGGACCCACAGGAGACAUGCACAAAGGUGGACAUCCCGGCCCUGGUGGGACAUCGCCUCCCUGGCUCCAGCAUGAGCUCAUGGAACCAGUGACACCAAACACCUCUGUGCUGCAAGAGAGGGGCCAGAGUCACAUCGGCAACUGCUCCAAGUGUCCCCAUGGGAGGGUGACCCCCUGCAGGGGUGACACCCCAUCAGGCAGGGCCAGAGCCAGGCUGCAGGUGCUUGGGGACCCUGAGCUGGAGGCGCUGGGACAUGGGCCAGGGCUGGCACCCCUGGGGCAGAGCACGGGGGACAGCCAGCAGGGGCAAGGCAGGGCUGGCCUCAGCUUCAGGAAAGAGAGAAGGAGUUUCAGUUUGGGCUAAUGAGAAACCUGGAGCGACGCCACCUCCCGGCUCCAGGGGAGGUCAAAGAGCAGAGGAAUCGCCAGCCCCAGCACCCGGCACGUGGCAGGGAGGCACGUUGUGCCCCAGCUGAGCUGCACAGAACCAGCUCCCUGCUCCUUCGCUUCCCACCCGCCUCUUUCCUGGGCGUUUUUGGCCCUCCCAGUCCCGCUGGGCUGGCACAACCACCCCCUUUCUGACACCUUCACCCCCUGCAAUCCUCAACCCAUGGGAUGUCACCUCCUUGUGGCAGCCCAGGAGGGACAGGACAGACCUCUUGGUGUUUAAGGCCACAUGGGACACGAAACCCGUUUUGGAGAAGGGUAGACCAGGGUCAGGCUGGCCCAGCCCACAGACCCUAGGCUGGACACAAGCCCUCCUCAUCGUCUGCAUUCACUCUGUAUCAUAUUGAGACAGUUGGUGGGCACGGACAGGGUGGCAGCACAGGCUCCCACCAAGGAUGUGAGUACCCCCCCAAGCCAGCAUUGCCAGGGGGGCUCAGUGCUGGUUUGAAUAAAGCCCAUAUCCCAGC